AUGCGAGGUGUGGUGCGCUAUAGGGACCCGGAAAGCCCCUAUGCAGAGAGAACGCCUGUCAAGGAUUACAGGAUGCGGACGGACUGGGGCAUCUACGAGGACCCCGGCCAGCUGACGGGGGGUAUCUACAGUGUGAGUGACGUGGCCGGGGUGGGGGUGUACCACGAGGGGGGCGACAUGGGGGAGGAGGGGGGGGACGACAACGUGUAUGGCUUCAACGGCCGCAACACUUCCCGGCUCUCGACCGGCCAGUGGUCCAGUACACACAGUCUCGCGGCCACCUCGUCUCCCGCUCGUCCUGCGCUCAGUGGAUCUACCUCGGGAGGACUCCGGAACCACUUGGGGGAGAGUCAGAGGCGCUCCCAGGGGGGCACCUACAGCAGGGACUCCAGCAGGCACCAGGACUACCAGCGGCCGUCGCGCAACACGUCCGUCGAGCCGCUCUACAGGACCGUAGACAAGCGCAGCAGCGAGCGGAACCUUCACGGAAGUGGCAGAUCGUCCCAGCGGCGGAGCUACACGAGCAACUCGAGGGGGGACUACGGGAACGGCUACCGGAGCCUCAGGAGCUACCCGUCGGCGGCAGAGGACUACGACGACAGAGAGCCCAAGAGCUUCGACCACGGCGGCAUCAGCAACGGCUACAGCUCGCGGUCCGUGCCCGAGUAUUCCUCGCGGAGCCACGACAACUUGAAGCGCAGCAGCAGCAAGGACUACCUCAGCUCGAGUGACAUCUACGGCACGCGCAAGUCGUACCCGUCGGAGACCCCGCCCAAGGGCAUCCUCACCAACACCGGCAAGUACGGCGGCGGCAGUCGCAGCAGCCUCACCGCCUCCAACUACACGAGCGGCAGCCGCAGCAACCUCGCGGCCUUCGGGAGCCACGGCGCCGACGACAAGGCCGACCUCUCGGGCUCGGACGCCUUCGAGAAGCGCGGGAGCUCGUCGCUGCCGAGGGCGUCGCACGUGCUCACCAGCACCAAGGGCAGCCAGACCGAGCUCUCCUUGGCCGACGACCUCACCAAGCCGCCCGACGGAAGGGGCGCCAGCAAGUCGAGCCUGCAGGUGCCCGACGCGGGAGGCAGCGCCAGCAGCAGGCACAGCAGCAGCAGCACUCAGCAGGUCUCCUUCAGCACCGGAGGGGCGUCCGACAGCAGCCAGUACGGCGGCAAGGAUGAGCGGAAGUACGAUUCUCUGAGUCGGAAGAGCGGCGAGAAGCGAGCGUCGGAGAAGGCGCGCAAGGCCAAGGGCACCAAGGACGAGCAGAACCAGACGGACGACGAGAUGAGCCAAUGGAGCGGCCACAACGGCGGCCCCGGCCAGUGGCACGACCGCGACGCCUACUACGCCCGCGAAGACCAGCACCACCCGCACGCCCACGGCCGCCUGGCGCCGCCCCUCCCGCGCCCGCCCAUGCCCCCGCAGCACUACCCGGGGCACGACGGCCAGACGCACCCCAACCACACCCACCAGCACGCCACGGACCACAGCCCACACCCUUCCCACAACCACGCCUACCACAGCCACGGGGCCAACCACGCCCACCACAGCCAGCACUCGCGGCACCAGUCCUCCUCCGGGAGCACCAGACAGCUCGUCCACGCGGAAUCCACGGAAGGUCGAAAAUGCCGAGACUGCAUGACGCGGGUGCCCUACGCCACCCUCAUCGCUACCAUGAUGUGCUGCGUGGGCGUGGGCGUGUUCUGCGGCACCAUGUAUCGCGGCACUACCCUCACCCUCAGAAUGUUUGAGGAGGUUUUUAAACUGCGCGUCAUAUGGGACCGGGAGUACAGGGUAGAGCCGGUCCAGCUGACUUUCAUGGUGGUGGGCGCCGGCAUGGGAGGACUGGGACUCAUGAUCCUUUUCGUAGGAUGCCUUUCGACGGGCGACACCAGGAACAAGGUCUACAGGACAUGGCGAGGACGCGUGGGCGGAAGGAUCUCCUGCGCCAUUUUCAUGGGCAUCACGUACCUGUUGUCUCUGGCCUGGUUGCUGAUGUUCGCUGCUAUCAUCAUCGUUACCCUGUUCUAUACUCUUGCGUGGUUGCAGUGUCAGUAUAUCCCUCAGAAUGACUGUAUCGACUACAAUCAGUUUAGUUUUCUGUUUCCCGAGGGAACCCCAGAGGAGGACAAGAGGGUGUGCGAUGGCGAGAAGAAGCUGUUCUGCAAAGACUACGUCAACAAUGCAGAAAUCAUGUUCAUUCUUGCGUCGGUUUCGUCCUUUUUGGUGAUUUUGUCAUUGGUACAUUAUCUGAUGUGCUUGGCAGCAAAUUACGCUCACAUAAAGGACCAAGAAAAGUUCAUGGACCUGCAGGAGAUCCAGUUCCUGCAGGAGUCUGAGAUGUCAACACUUCCCAAAGACCGCUUCUAGGAUACAGCCCAAGGGAUCUUUUGGCGCAACAACCAACGUAGUCGCUACUUCGAGUCGGUUGCCUGAGCUCAGGAUGCACGUCUUUUUGAAAACCUGGAGGAUUUGUAAACAGUGAGGACAAAUGGGAGAACCACAUGGGAAGAUCAGAAGAUUUGGAACUCCACCCUUCAAAAUUUAGGACUUUCUGAUCUCUUGCUGUUUGUUCAUGUUUUUUUUUUUUCAAUCUCCCCUGAUUCCAUUGCAAGGGAACAAUGAACCAGGAAGGGCUUUGUUUUGCCGAGACCUUCACAAGAUAUUUUGAAAGGCCUCGCACUGAUAUCCCCAGCUUCAAAAAGAUGGUAGUCUUGGCAGGAUGAUUGUUGGUUAGCCUCAUUUGGGAAGGAUCUGUAUGGAAGAGCCAUUUGAUUAAAAAUUUUUCACUAAGUGUUCAUGAUUGACCAAUUCACCAUCGCUCAAUGUGCAGAUUUUCCCAAAAUGGGGCUUGUUUCCCUUCAACCCAGAGGCAAUUCAGAAAUGGUAAGCUGCAUCAUAAUAAUACAUGUAACGAUGGUGUACAGCGGGACCAGUCUCCAUGAAGACAACUUUGUUGAUAGUUUUGCUGCUCAAUAUCCCUACUGUCAAUGCAAUUUGCAGUGCGUUUCUCCAUGCCUCUGGUUUGAAGCCGAAUGGGUUAGGGGGUGAAGAGGUAGUCGCUUUUUGUGUGUGCUUCUCGCUCGAAGUUCUGCGUUUCAUUCCAUUAGUUUGGAAGAUAUUUUUGUAACAUGCUUUGUUUCCCCCUCCCCUCUUGUAUGCGACUGUGCUAUCGUUGCAGCCUCAAUUAAUGGGAUGGAAGGUAUUGCUUGCGAGAUGUCAAUGCUACAUGCUGUUCUUUUUUUUUUUUUUUUUUUUUUCUUUUUUUUUAGCAAUUUCUUCUGUAGAAAGUAGGUCUUUUUUUAUUCUUUGUUUUAUAAAUAUAACGACUCAUUCUAUUUGCAAAUACAGAUAUGUUGCAGCGUUUUCCCUGUGUAUGCAUUGUAUGUUCUUUUGUUUAGAUAAGUUGGAAGUAUAGGUUACUGUUUGUGUGCAUAUGUGAUUGAUAUAUGAUUAGAAAUUACUGAUCAAAUCACAACUUGUUCAGCAAUUUUUAUCAGUCACUCCUUAGUUUUGAAAUGCAAUGUCUUUAACACUACUAACUGUAUUUCAACAAAUAAUCAUCUGCUGCUGAUUUUUUCACCCCACUUACAAAUUACAUCACGUCCUUUGUCCAUGCUUCUCUUUCUCUAUUAGUCGACUAAUAACUACUAACAUCAAAAACGCCCAGUUAUUUUAGCGGUGUGGCCUCCCUGCCCUUGAGUCUCCUGUGUGUGUGCUUCAGAGGAUCCCUUGGGUAAAUUUUACAUGUGGAUCCCACCAAGCCAAUUCCCCUGCGACGGCCUUCUGAGAUCCAUUCGGAAAAUUUACGUUUGCCAUUAAACUAAGGACUGACAAUCUUCAGUAAAUACUAUGAAAUAAAAGUCAUUAUUUUCGUUUUUUGUUUUUUCUGUUCUUUUUGAAAGUUGUGACAAUCAACCUGUGUUUAUAUUUUCACUGUUCAAACGCAUACAUGUGCUGUAUGAAAAUAAAGUAUAAAAAGAGUUAGACUCACUGAUGUAGAGAUCACGGAGUCUUGGCUUCAGUGACAUUCAGUGUUUGAUGUAAUAGAAUAUAACCUCCUGUGUAGUGUGCUACAAGUAGUUAUUUUUCCCUGUAUUCCUAGCCUUAGCCUAAAACAGCUGAACUAUUCACUUUCAGGCUGUUAUUAACAAGAAGCAACAUAUCAUCUCUUCUGUUUUAACAAGUAGAAUGCAUACUUGAAACAUAUCACAUAUCCCCGCGAGAGUGAAAAACAAUUAUUAUUAUUUAACAAUUUUUUUUUUUAAGUAUUCUUUCUUCAUACACACAACUAGCCAAUAAAAUGAAAUUACGCCUCAUGGCUUUCAGAACUAAACUUUGCUACGGCUGUCCUGUUACUUUUCUUCAGUGACGUAUAGUUGUAUUUAACUCUCCCAGGACUGUUAUGAAUUUGGCCUCUUAGUAAUAUUAAACUUCUCUGAUAUUUAGUAUGGAAGGAGAACAAUCCUUUACUAACACAAUUACAUUGGUGUAGUUAGCUUUGUGCACUUGAGUGAGUGGACUACUGUGCCUGUUGGAUAUGCUCUUUUCUUUUAAGGGAAGAAAAAAAAAAAGUAAAAAAAAAAAAGGAAUUAUAUAUACAUAAGCAAGAACAUUCACUAGUUAUUUGUUCUGUUAAAUACAAAUGCAUAUUGAAGAUCUUGUUCUUACCCGUUUUUUAUAUGAUACUGAUCUGACUUGACUAGGAAGUUAGCAAAUGUUGUAGUUUUGUGCAUGCCCUUAACUACUAAAGACUAUAUUUCUUUAGUUCUUCGUGUAAGGAUUGCACCACCAGAUGGUCGAAAGUACAUGACCAUUAAUAUGUGUGUAUAUUUUGUAUGAGGACUAUGCUAUCUAAAUAUGUUCUAUUGUAUAAAAAAAAAUAAAAUUUUAUAUAUAAAA